CUCUGCACAUCUGCCCAACUUCCGUCAUCGUUGCGUUGGCGUGUUUUGGCAGAUCCGAUACUCGCAACAAAGAGCGGUCAGAGGGACAACGGCGCGGUCUAUAUAAGAGCUGCCCGUUGCUCACCAGUUUUGGGCGAAGGUGGAAGUGGGCGGAGAAGGAGUAUCGCAAGGGCGGAAAGCUCUCUCGUCUUGCCUCUGGCACCCGUGGAGUUUGGGGAGGGUGUGUUUUUUCGGAGAAGUCCUCCUCAUUCAAAAGCUCGCUUCGCAAUUUCAGGCCAGGAUUGCCCCCCCUCGAACUGAACUGCGUUCCGCUCACAUGGAUGAGUUGAGUUGAUUCGGAGCCAGUCGCGAUAGACAAGGCUGCGGCAUGGAAAGGGGUCCAUUUAUUCGCAGAGCACUUGUUGGACGCCCGGCCACGAGGCAAUUGUGAUUGAGAAUUGGGAUGCUGAGGAUGGUUGGACGGAUGGGUGAGGAUGGCGAAGGAUCACACCCGGGGCUUUCGAAGCUUAGGCGGCAUGCCGCCUCUGAUUCGGCGGCUCGUUGAGCACCCAACACGGCAUUCGGGCUCCCCAUUCGACCUUGGACGCCCAUGACGGCAAGUUCGCUGAUUUGCGGGCUGCCCGGGAAGCGCCUCCACUCUCCUCUAUCAAAAAUCCAACGCGCGCGGAGGAGCAGAGUCGAGGGAUGCAGAGCCAUUUGCUUCUGCCACGGCGCAUGCAACCCUGAGAUUGACGGGCGAAAAGGCAUCAAUUUUCGGCAUGCUGCAGGGGCGCGGAGGCUGCGCUGCAGCUUGCCGAACGCUGCGAACCCCGAGUUGAGAACUGAUGGGGGAUUUAAUCUUGUCCAGCAGCAACCCAAAUGUACCCAAACACCACCAAGACAUGGCUGGGCUAACCUGAACAGCACUGGAUUGCUGCACGAGAGACAGGAUUCUCCCACUUGUGCCCACCCCCCCCUACUACCCAUCCAUCCUGCAUCUCGUCCUACCCUUUGACGCCUGCAUCCACCCAGGCCGCUCGACGGAGCCUAGCCUGCUGCAUAGCUUGUCGAGAGUUUGCAGCUUUAGCAGACAAUCGGCGGGGACCCAGACCUCAUCAGGCGCAGCUCCAGCGAACAAAGCAAGGCGGGCUCCGCGACAGACUGCGCCCGCCAGCAGCACCACUUGAACCAACCCGAACUGACCAGCAUCUAGCAUCUGUCCCAGUGAACCACCACCGACCUCCCUUACGCCGUACGGAAACCUUCCCUCAGACAUCCUACUGCUACUCCGGACUCUAAUUCCCUUGCUCUCACGCGCAGAUGGCCACCGCCCGGCCACUCACAGCGCGCCGUUAGCAUGUCUUGCAGCUGCGGCCGACAUUGGUCGACCCGCGGCUCCCUGAUCAUCUGCCACUGACAAUCGCUAGACUGCUCUAUGCCCAGUUGCUCUUCCCAAAUGGCUAACUUGGAAUGAUUCCCCUUCUGCGCCUGGCUCAACUGGCCUCGAAGGCAGAAGGACCACCAGACCACCAAGGCCUUCUGUCCCAGCGUCCUGGAAUUUUUGUUCUGCCUUGUCGCUUGAAUGGGUGACCAAUCUACGAUUCUUAAAGGUCUCCUACAACCUCCCCGGCCAACUCACCCACUGUCCUUCCCGUCCUCUGUACACCGUCAAGUCGAGUCCAGAGAAGUUUUUGCCGUACCCUCGGAUCUGGAUGAACUGCGUUGCGGAACCAACCCUGCGUACAUGCCGGUCACUAUUGCGCGCUUGAUGACAGUCACAUGCAUCCCGUCCCUUCCAAAAUUCAGCUUGCGCUCCGCUCCCUCCCUUCCCAAUGUCAAAUUUGUUCAACCAACCAUGGACAGUUUCGGAGCAAAUCGUCUUGUUGACCAGCAUUAUUCAGAGUACCGGGCAGGAUGUGCCAGCUUUUCUGGUGCGCGCCAUGGACCAUGGCAAUAUCCAACCCAGAUGGGACGAUGUCGCAUUGCCAGCAGGCCGCACUCUUAACGCCUGCCGACAAAUGUACAACUUGUUGCGUAGUCAAUCCCGCUCGUUCCCAGGGACGGGGCUCCCAGGGCCAGGGUUCCCUCAGCCACAGCUUGCACCAUAUCCUCCGGAAGUGAGAGCAGUGUCGGAGUCGGAUUUGCCUCAGCCAACCCAACGUCCGAUCCAGCCUCGUCCUCCUCGCUCGACGGACUCGCCUAUUCCUCCGACAACGAAUGGAGAGGGGUUCCGAAUCUUGCGCCCUUUCACUCAGCCUGAGCCGCCUGGAGAAAAACGCAGGAAGCGAGGCCGUCCGACAAAAGAAGAAGCAGAAGAACGCGACCGAAAGCUUGCAGAGGCCGGGCAGACUUACGAGCCGAAGAGGAGGCCAGCGAAGAAAUCGAGACCGUCUGAAACGCCUAGCUCGCUUUCUGAAGCUCUUGCCACAACAUCACCCGUCAUGCAGACUCCACGCUUGCAGCAGAUCACACCAAAGGAGGAGACCUCGAGCGGGAAAAGGCGGUCAAGACGCCAGCGCGACGAGGGAGAAUCGUCUCGUCAGGCUCUUUCUAGAUCUCCUGGAGAUGAAUCGGGUGAUGGACGGAGUACAGACGCAGCACAGAGUCCUUCCGACCGACUUCUUGCGAGACCAGAACGGGCUCAGCCAGCUACCUCCGUUGCUCGAGAUGUACAGCAGAUACCGAGCCCACAUCUUGAGCCGCAAACAGGGCCGAAGCAGGACAAUCCACCGUCAGGUCCUCCGUCCGCCUAAUUGUCUCACACGGGAGAGUUGUCACGAACCAUGGCCAUGGACGCGCACGCCUAUCUUCAUACAUUUACGCCGACCCUUCUUCGAACCAAUCCUACGACGACAAACACCCAGACACUUUGACACCACGAGCUACGACUAUAGAAAGCGGGAGAUACAUGUGUACAUGAUACCCAUGCGCAGAAACGAACAGACAGGAGUGGCUUAAUUCUCUGUGUUUGCGAUUUCGAUUUCGACCUCUUGUUCUUAUACAGCCAUCGGUCGCUCGUUAGAGCUCUCGAUUGACGGCAUGUCAGACAGACGCCUGGUCGCCAAAAAAUUUCUUUCAUUCCUAUGUAUUUAUAUAAUUGGGGUCCGCGACGAAGGUCUGCUGGUCAGACUGAGCACACUUGUACGCGAGAAAAGGCGAGGCACAAGAGCAGGACGAAUACUCAUUGAUGGACACGCCUGCAGGCACACGGGAAACAUAAUCCAUAAUAACACGUUUUGAUACAUCUGGCGCACGAGGCACGGCUUGUCGAGAAAGGACUACGAAACGAUCACGAUUGUCGGAGUUUGUCGAUUUCUCAUCUCUGGGACACGAUAGAGGCAACGUGGAAGGGCAUUCUGUCGAUUUUUCCAGGUCGAGACGACCGCUUCAUCGACAUUGUUAUUUUAUAUAUAGGGUGGUUCGAGUCUGCUGUCAACGAGACCUCGAACUGGUAUUGGAAUGACCAACCUCGAAUGCACAUACCCGAGAUAUUGUCUCUAUUCAGCAGCGCCUGGAUGGACGACUGAGAAUUCUCAUCAUCUUGAGAUUGCACGAAAGCUAGAUGUGGUCGCGGAGGGAGGAAUCCAUCUCGCAUGCAACUCGCCCGCCUCCCUCAGGCUCAUUCCACCUCGCGUCGUCCAU